AUAACCCAGUAUAAUCUGAGCUGCAAGAAUGAGAAGAGGGUUCAUAUUCUUCUCUUUAAUAUCUCCUUUACUAGGAAUCAGAAAAUUCCCCGAUGCACCGGUCUCUUUUACACCUAGGGAUUCUCCUUUUCUCCAGGAUAGAAGAGAAGAUGGGAACAGUUUAACCUUGUCUUGUGGUAGACCGUCGGGAAAGAUUACAGAAUGCAGUUGGAAACAUUUAUCUGCCAAUGUUUGGUCAGAGCAGCAAGGCUCAGAUUUGAAUCGAGAAAUAACACUGGACAACAGCUGGUGCAAUCUGACCUUUAUCUCUAUGGUGGAGGGGGUAGAUUCAGGAAAAUGGAAAUGUAAACUAACCAACUCAGAUUCAGCACAAUAUCAGGAAGGACAUUUCGAGGUCACAGAGGACAAUCUGGACAUUAGGUUACCAAAAACAGUUCUGCCUGAAGUUUACAAUGUUUAUCUGGUUCCACAUUUAGACCCAGAGGACUUUACUAUCACAGGACAUGUAGAUAUUCAGGUUAAUGUACUUGAGCCUACAGACAGUUUAACAGUUCAUAUUUAUGAUAUUGUUAUAGAAGAAGAAACUGUCGAGGUGUCUUCAAACACAGACCAUCCUAUAGCAGGACAUACAUAUGAUGAUGAGAGACAGUUCUAUACAAUAAACCUGGUAAACAGCUUAGAGCCAGGAACAUACAUCGUUCAUAUCUCUUUUACUGGGUUUCUCAACAACGAACUUACAGGAUUUUACAGAAGCAGUUACAUCGACUCAGAUGGAAAAACAAAAUGGUUGGCCACGACACAGUUUGAGACAACAUCAGCUCGACGUGCUUUUCCUUGUUUUGAUGAACCAGCGAUGAAAGCAAUAUUUAAAGUUCAUCUUGGUAGAAGCAUUAAUAUGACUUCUAUUAGCAACAUGCCCAUUCAAGAAACUACUGAUAUGAACGUUGAAGGAUAUGUUUGGGAUAAUUUUGAGGAAUCACUGAAGAUGUCAACUUAUCUGGUUGCGUUUGUUGUAAGUGACUUUGUAUUCAGGGAAUCAGAGGAUGUCGGGAAUGGAGUCAUAUUCAGGAUUUGGUCCCGCUCUGACCUGUACGAGCAGACCGCCUAUGCUGCCGAAGUUGGACCUAAAAUUCUUAAAUAUUAUGAAGAAUAUUUCGAUACACCCUUCCCUCUACCCAAACAAGAUAUGAUAGCUAUUCCAGAUUUUGGAGCUGGAGCAAUGGAAAAUUGGGGCCUUGUCACCUAUAGAGAGUCUGCUUUGCUGUAUCAAGAAGGCGUAUCCUCCCUAAGUGAAAGAGAAUAUGUAGCUGUUGUCAUUGCUCAUGAACUGGCGCAUCAAUGGUUUGGAGAUCUUGGUAACAUAAACACUAUUUUAACUUGGGAUUCUCAUACAAAGCUUUUAAGGGCAUUAUUAUAUGUGUACGGAGGGUCACUUGAAAUUAUGCUUACUGUCCCUUUAAUGAGCAAGAAAAUUAUAUUAAUUCUUGAACUUUUAGACAGGUUUAUUCUGCAGUCAGUUCAACCAGCCUUAGAGCUAGAUGCACUAGAGUCCUCUCAUCCCAUAUCUAUCCCUGUAAACAAUCCAGAUGAAAUCAAUGAAAUAUUUGAUGGUAUUUCCUAUGCAAAAGGAGCAUCAGUUAUUCGCAUGAUGGCCAACUUCUUGCAAAUUAAUACUUUUAACAAAGGUGUCACAAGGUAUUUGCAAGCCAAUGCAUAUGGAAAUGCAAACCAGGAUACCCUUUGGAGAUUUCUAGCAGAUGCGGGACACGAAGAUGGUACAUUGGACUUAAAUAUGACAAUCAAAGCUGUAAUGGACACGUGGACUCUACAGAUGGGUUACCCUGUAAUAUCAGUUUCAAGAGAUUAUGAGAACAACAUACUUCACUUUAGUCAGGACAGGUUCUUGAUUAAUCCUAACUCUACGGCAGAGGAAUCCUAUACAUGGUAUGUUCCUAUCUCCUACGGGAUACCUAAUACUGCAGAUGGGUUGGAUGAUACCUCAGUCAAGCUGUGGAUUUAUCCAGAUAAUACUAAUGUUUCUAUCCAAGAGGACACAGCUCUUCCGAACCUACCUUUGAUCGCAAAUGUGCAAGAAACCGGUUUCUACCGAGUUAACUAUGAUGCACGGAACUGGAAACUAAUCUCUGAUGUUCUAACAAUUGAACACACAGCAAUACAUAGGAUGAAUCGAGCUCAGAUACUUGAUGAUGUGUUUAACCUUGCUAGAGCUGGUCUUCUAGACUAUACCCUAGCUUUGGACCAAACAAAAUAUCUCUCUAAAGAAUUGGACUACAUUCCUUGGGCUUCUGCGUUCAGUGGGUUUAAAUAUCUGCAAAGCAUGCUGAAACGAAGUCCUGGAUUUGGCAAGUUUAAACACUACAUGAUUUUAGCCCUACAGCCGGUUUAUGAGCGUCUUGGAUUCACGGAGAAGCCUGAUGAUACUAUUCUUGACGGUAAACUAAGAGCUUAUGUUGUUGAAUGGAUGUGCCAAAUAGGACAGGAGGAUUGUACUCAGAGAAGCCUGGAUAUAUUUAAAGCAUGGAUGCUUUCAGAAACUCCAGAUGCAGGGAACCCAGUCCCAUCUUUCUCCAGGCAGACAGUGAUGUGCACUGCUAUUGAGAAAGGUUCUGAAACAGAAUGGGAUUUCUUGUUUCAAAGAUUCGUCAAUUCAAACAAUGCUAAUGAGAAGAAUACAAUGAUUAGUGCGCUGGGUUGUGUCAAGGAAGAUUGGAUUUUAGAAAGAUAUUUAGAAAUGGCUUUAGACGAUAAUUCAGGAAUAAAGAGACAAGAUGGGUACCGAGUAAUAACAUCAGUUGCACAGAAUACUAUUGGACGAUAUAUCGCCUGGCACUGGAUUAGGAAUAACUGGAAUACUAUUCAUGAUCUCUACGAUACCGGAGUCAUCUCAUUCACCAGCAGGAUGAUCGAGGCUGUGGCAAAUGAUUUCAAUACUGAAUCGGACCUGAAGGAACUGGAACAGUUUAUAUUGGAGAAUGAGGAGAAUCUAGGAACUGCUCAGAUGACCGCAAACCAGAUGAUUGAAGGAACAAGGGUAAACAUACAGUGGAUGGAAAACCAUUACGAAACUAUAGUUGAUUGGCUCAAGGUUUACUAGUCUACUAUUCUUUUAGCUACUAUUCUACUAGCCUACUAGCCUAUUUCUCUGCUAGCCUACUAGGCUACUAUUCUACUAGCCUACUAGUCUAUUGCUCUGCUAGUCUACUAGUCUAGUACUCUGCUAGUCUACUAGUCUAUUGCUCUUCUAGUCUACUAGCCUACUAGUCUAUUGCUCUGCUAGUCUACUAGUCUAUUGCUCUGCUAGCCUACUAGUCUAUUGCUCUGCUAGUUUACUAGUCUAUUGCUCUGCUUGUCUACUAGUCAAUUGCUCUGCUAGUCUACUAGUUUAUUGCUCUGCUAGUCUACUACUCUAUUGCUCUGCUAGUCGAUGAGUCUAUUGCUCUGCUAGUCUAAUAGUAUAUUGCUCUGCUAGUCUACUAGUCUAUUGCUCUACUAGUCUACUAGUCUACUACUCUACUAGUCUACUAGUCUACUAGUCUACUAGUCUACUAGUCUACUAAUUGUUCUGAUAGCCAGUACUUGAGAUAUUCCUAGUUAUACUAUCUUCCAGUAAUAUUUUGUGAUUAAUUAUGGAAAACUAAUUCUUCCCAAUUUAAACCUUUGUACCUUGAUGAUUGAUCAUAAUUGUUGGUACUCGUAAACUUUAAGUAAUUUUUUCAUAUUUGUAACCGUGAUUUUUUAUCACUUUUUCAACAAUUUUCACUCAUAAAUGUUUUGUUAAGCAAUAUUUCAUAGUUUUUUCUUUCUAUAAGUAUUCAAUAUUUUGAGUAAUUGCUUCUGUAGAUACUUAAUAUUUGUUUUGUUUUGUUUAGUUAUUUAUGACAAAUAAAUAGACAUGUGUGUUAA